GAUCCCUGGCUCCUCCUCCUCCUCCCCGAGACCCCGACCAACUACUGCGUUGAAUUGCUGAUCAAGAACAAGAGCCAACUCUGGUUAUCAACUCCAGCGACUCAGGCAGACAAGAAGAUGAGUACUUCAUCUGAAGCUUUCAUCAGUGCCGUGUGGAAGAAUGGUCAACCCACAGCCGGACCGAGCAGUCUCCCAAAGGAAAGGAUGCCACGCAUUGUCACAUCCACUUCUAUAGGCGCAGCCCAGAAUGGGAGGAUGUGCAACAAGGCUCGCAUGAUGCAAGCACGCAACUUUCGCCGUGACCCUGACCCCGCACAAACUGUGGGCAGAGUACGUAGCCUCCAAGUAGCGUGCUCUGCCUCUGGAAUGACGCCAGGGCGCGGCAGCAAGAAAGUCAGAGGCUUGGGCUCGUGGUUCCCUUGCCGCCCGAUCCAGGCCGAGACCGCACGGCCUCCAUUCCCCGCUCUCGACACCUCCUCCUUGUGUUCUCCGCACGCAGACAUGAUGCCUCCCACUAUGGCCACUAGCGAGCGAUGCUUGUCGGCUGUCGAAGUUGGCCGGCGCUCCGGUCCGGCCGUCAAACAAUUCCAACGCGUCGUCUCGGCGGACGCGCACGAGGCGCCUGGAAUCGCACGGCGGGCGGACAGGCUGUGCCACGUGCUCCGUAGGCACGCCUCGUCGUAGGCCCGACAAGGGAACAAGAUUUCACCAGGCUAAAACACAUCACUGCUCAGGAUAUUUAAGCAGUCCUCCCGUCACGCGUCUGGCGGCUUCGUCGAAGGUGAACUGCACGUAGGUGAUCGCUUGCCAAUUGAACAAACUGUAAGACUUGCACACAGUUGCAGUUGAAUAAAUAAGUUUUGAACCGGA